AUGGGAAAAUAUUUGCUAUGUUUUUUUCUAGUCCUCCUUUCCUUUUAUUCUAUAAACUCUUAUUUGAUGCCUCCUCUCUUCAGAAAAUUCAAUGUUGAAAUCGUAAAUCAGCUAGGGUUUAACAAAAAACUCAAGGUUCAUUGCAAGAGUGGAAGUCAUGAUUUUCGGAUUACGUAUCUUAAUAUCGGUGAAAAUUUUCAAUUUAAAUUUACUAUCAACCUAAAGACUCUGUACUGGUGUGAUCUAUGGCAGGGACCAAAUUACAAACACCAUGUGGUUUUUAAUGCGUUUCUUCGGAGUGCGGACAAAGAUUUUAUAGAUGGUACGUGUACUGGAAUGGACCCUAAUGUAUGUAGGUGGAUCGCAAAAGAAGAGGGAGUCUAUGUCCUCAACAAGAAAUUUCAUGGAGAAUAUUUCAUGUAUAAAUGGGAUGCUCCCUCAAAAAACACUCUAGUUGGUGCACUUGCUAGUCAAUAUUAA